AUGCAGCUGAACAAAAAGUCUAUAAAAGGCAUCUUCUAUUUGGUAUGCUUUGCCAGAAAAGCCAAGGGCGGCGCAGAAGACCCUGCGUUAGAAGAAAAUUUUCCAGACAAGCUAGAGCCAAAGAGAGAGCGGGGCUUAGACCGCUGCGGGCAAGAAAAUGCAGAGAGCAUUCCGCAAUUGAGAUACAAAGUGGUUGAAAUAAUCCGAGUUAUAGUAGAAAUCGAGAGAAAAGGCGGGGCCGGUCCCUCAAGCAGAUGCUUGAAGACUGGGAGCGCGCCGAAGAGACAAAUGGAAUGCCCAGAGUCAGCUGAAGGCGUGCAGUCUGGGCCCCACACGCCAAAAAAACAAAAAACCUUGGCGAAUCCCCAAACGCUGGGCUUAGAGGGUCUGAAAGGCCGCCUGCACACCAUGGAGUGUAUUCAAGCAAAUAUUUUAUGCAAUGGAGCCCUUUUGUCCAUGGGAGCCCCCACUAAAAUAGAGGGCUGCAGGGGCAGUGCGCAUGGUGUCAAAAAACAGAAUGAAUACAGGCAACCUUGUUUUUGCCUAACAAGGGAAGAAUUCCCCCCCAACCCCAACAUCUGGAGCUUUAUAAUUGACCUAUGCAGGCAGGGAGUGAAAAUAGAGAAUCUGGCGCUGCAUUUGAGCAAAAAGGAAAACUGUGCUGAGCUGCAAAAAAAGAAUUUCGUUGGGUACUACAGCGAAAUUAUUUCAGACCUCAUGCUAUACAAGCAGAAGCACGCAAGCAAGGAAUACUACGACCCAGCGAGCCACCAGCAGGGCCUCCAUAUUGAAGACCAAGGCAGGCUGGGCGAUGAAUUUGUGCAUGCCCCCAAAUCAAACGAAGAUUUAGAGCAGUGCACGGCGCCUGCUGCAUCAAAUAUAUCAAAAAGCUCUCAGGCCUUCGAUUUCGCGCUGCAAAUACCCGAAGUGAUGCACGACUUUGCAAACAUGGAAAAAGAGACGUUCCAGCGCACUAUAGAUUUUAUGGCGGCGGUUGAAGUGGAAAAAAACAGCACCAAACAAUGGGAAAUCAUCGUGAACAGGCUCAAAGCGAUAUAUGCCCAGGCACAGAAGCAUGGACAAAACACCUUUGAGAAAAUGGACGAGGCAAAUAGCGGGGAUGCGCAGGGCGCGUCUGUGCUGCCGCUGAUGGGGCCUACCUGCAGCGCACUUGAGUAUAUUCGCCAGUGCCAUGCGCUUGAGCUGUUUUAUAAAUACUGCCCGUGGACUUACGCCAGGCGCAACAGAGAAAACAACCUGCAGACAAUGCACAGGUUUCUAGGGAAGAGAGCAAUGGUCAAGCAGAGAUGCUUGAGCCACCGCGCUGUUGUGAGGUAUUCUGAAGAGAAAAUCAUCUUUACAAAAAUGGAUCACCAUGUGCUAGUGGACGAGCCAAUAACCAUAGACAGCUUCUGCAAGCACUACCACGUCCACUAUGUGGACAACUACACGCAAAACUGCAGAAAGAUAUGCAUGCCUAUGUGCAUAAUAAACAACAAGCAUAGAGAAGUGCAUAACUUGAAGGACAUAGCCGAGCACAUAGCGAACAUAUACGCUGUCCCCCAAGAAAAGAUAUACCCGAUGCUGUGCAACGUCGAGACAUGUAGGUGGAGGCUGGCCCGCACGGCCGAAAUGUCCCAAAGCAUACAGAGCCUCGCCCAGAGCGGGCAUUCGGUGGUUUUCUACUACAUCAGUGAGGGGCUGAGCCACCAUGCGUACUUUACAUUUUCUGUGUUCAAAAGCCCUGCAGACCCUGCGAAAGCACCCGGCGUAAAAAUACCGCUGUUUUUGUCGCCUCUGAUGAGAAGCGCGAUAUCCAUGACGCCGUUUGCUGAGGUGGACCCGCAGGAGCACAGAAGGGUGACUAUACACGAUUUCACAGAUUGCAGCGUAAAGCCAAGCGUGUACAAGUAUCUGAAUGACCCCGGGCGCAAAAAAACCCCGAUAAACACAUAUGGAUAUACUAUAGUGCAAUGCUAUUAUAAAGACCUGUACGUGGAGAGCCCAAGGCUGCAGGAGUGGUGCUGGGAGAUGGCGUUGAAGGUGCAUAGGUCAAUGCAUAAAGGGCGCCUUGUGCUUUCCUGGAAUUCGAGAGCACACACCAGCAACGAAAUGUAUGUGCAUUAUUUUGUCAACGAAAACCCCGAUUUGAAUUUACACAGGACAAAGAAAAAAAUAGACAUGCUCAUGCAGAAGCUGAAAAUGUGCCAUACCAAUAACGGCAAGGAGGCACGCGCCAUUUUCUUCUUCCCAAACCAAGAGGAAGACAAAGGGCUAGAAACAUUCUAUGGGUGGGGGGCGCUGAACUCCAAAGACAUAGGCACCGGCUCUUUUUUUAUUUCUGUGCGAAGCACAUGCAGAUUUAACAGAAAUAUUCGGGCGCACAACCAGCUUCUUUGGCUUAUUCACAACAGGCACUUGAGAGCAUAA